AUGAUCUCUCUGCCGGACGUGGUGGAGCUGAACGUGGGGGGACAGGUGUACUUCACGCGGCUCUGCACACUGACCAGUUCGCCCAACUCGGUGCUGGGUCGGAUGUUUGGGGGCCACCGCCCGGAGAUGGCCCGGGACGGCCGCGGCCGCUUCUUCAUCGACCGCGACGGCUUCUUGUUCCGCUACAUCUUGGAUUACCUGCGGGACCGCGCGGUGCUGUUACCGGAGCUCUUCCCGGAGAAGCAGCGGCUGCGGCGGGAGGCGGAGUACUUCCAACUGCCCGACCUGGUCCGGAUGCUCAGCCCCGCGGAGGGGGGGGACCACCGGGGGGACCACCGGGACCACCACCACCACCGGGGGGGGAGCCCCGGGGGAGGGGUCCCGGACGAGACGGGGGCGACUCACAGCGACGACCCGGACAGCUGUCGCAGGGCAGCGGCGACCCCCGGGGUGGGGGCGGGGGGGCAGGGGGUGGGGGGGGGAGGGGGCGCCGAGCGCAAGGCGGGGUUCAUCACUCUGGGUUACCGGGGCCCGGGCCCCCCGGGGCGGGACGGGGUCCCGGGACCGGACCCCCGGCUGUUCCGGCGGGUGCCCCGGAUCCUCGCCUGCGGGCGGGUCGGGCUCCUGCAGGAGGUCUUCGGCGACCACGUGAACGAGAGCCGCGACCCCGACCGGACCCCCGACCGGUACACCUCCCGGUUCUACCUCCGCCACCGGCAGCUGGAGCGCGCCUUCGACACCCUCGCCGACUCCGGCUUCAGCCUCCUGGGCAGCAACUGCAGCCUCAGCGGCCCCCCCGGGGCCACCGGGACCACCGGGGCUACCGGGACCGCCCCCGGGGCUACCGGGACCGAGGACCGCGCGUGGAGCAGCUACACCGAGUACCUCUUCUACCGAAGUUCCUCCCGGUGGCCUUCGCCCCAGUGUGACUGCGGCUGCAGAAGCAACAAGGGUGAGAAAGAUGGCGAGAGCGUGACUUCCUGCAACGAACUGUCCACUUCCAGCUGCGACAGCCAGUCGGAGGCGAGCUCCCCCCAGGAGACGGUCAUUUGCGGCCCGGUGACCCGCCAGCCCAACUUCCAGACCCUCGAUCGCGCCAACAAGAAGGGGCCGGUGCAGCAUCUUCAGCAGAGCGAGUUCCGCAGGAAAAGCGACCUGUUAAGGACACUGACCAGCGGGUCUCGCGAGUCCAACACUUGCAAGAAGAAAGGCAAAGAAAAGAUGACCAUCGAGGAAGAGCUAGAGAAAUGCAUCCAGGAUUUUCUAAAGAUUAAAAUACCUGACAGAUUCCCCGAACGCAAAUACCCCUGGCAGAUGGAUCUUCUGCGGAAAUACCAUCUAUAG